ACCCAAUCAUGCUGCUCCAGGAUGGAAUAUGCUGAUUUUAAAAGUUGACCUGGGAUAUUUUCCAGUUGUCGGAUGUUUGCGAGGCAUGGCUUUCCUGUUAACUUGCUUCUUUCUGUUUUGUUACAGUGCGAGCAGUGUUUGGGGGAAUGAGCACGGUGAGUCCAAUAUCUAUUUGGAUAAUAUCACGCGCGUCUUGGAUAGAUUGCUGGAUGGAUAUGACAACAGGCUGCGACCUGGAUUUGGAGGUCCAGUUACAGAGGUGAAAACUGACAUCUUUGUCACCAGCUUUGGACCUGUUUCAGAUGUUGAGAUGGAAUACACCAUGGACGUGUUCUUUCGUCAGACGUGGAUUGACGAACGGCUUAAAUUUGACGGUCCCAUCGAGAUCCUGCGGCUCAACAACCUGAUGGUCAGCAAGAUCUGGACACCGGACACCUUUUUCCGGAAUGGCAAGAGGUCGAUCUCGCACAACAUGACCACCCCCAACAAGCUGUUCCGCAUCAUGCAGAACGGAACUAUCCUCUACACCAUGAGAUUAACUAUAAAUGCAGAGUGCCCCAUGCGUCUGAUGAACUUCCCAAUGGAUGGACAUGCUUGCCCACUCAAGUUUGGAAGUUAUGCUUACCCCAUCAGUGAAAUUGUGUACACAUGGAAGAAGGGCCCUCUGUCUUCUGUUGAAGUGCCAGAGGAAUCAUCCAGUUUGUUACAGUACGACCUCAUUGGUCAAACGGUAUCGAGCGAGAGGCUGAAGUCCAACACAGGUGAAUAUGUCAUCAUGACCGUCCACUUUCACCUCCAAAGGAAAAUGGGCUUCUUCUUGAUUCAGACUUACAUUCCCUGUAUAAUGACCGUCAUCCUUGCUCAAGUUUCUUUUUGGAUUAAUAAGGAAUCAGUUCCAGCUCGCACUGUGUUUGGUAUCACAACUGUCUUGACGAUGACAACGCUCAGCAUCAGCGCCCGCCACUCCCUUCCCAAAGUCUCCUAUGCCACAGCCAUGGAUUGGUUCAUCGCCGUGUGCUUUGCCUUCGUCUUCUCUGCUCUCAUUGAGUUUGCGGCCGUCAACUACUUCUCCACCCUGCAGGCCACCCGGGAGCUGCGGAAGGCGGCGGCCAUGAAGGCGGCGGCUCAAGAGGCGGCAGCUGCAGCCGCGGCUGCAGCCACGGGGACCGAUGGAGAGCUCUCAUCAGUGGAUGCCAGUAGUGUGCUGAAGAAGAGGAUGAACUCUGCCCCGCUGUUUGAGCGCCCUGCCAAAACAUUUCCCAACCCACCUGUCAAUGCCCAAGCUUUCCUGCAGCAGGGCUCAGCAGUCCCGGCCAACAACGUUCUGACUGGCACCAGCAUCAUUGACAAAUACUCACGCAUCCUCUUCCCCCUUUCGUUCGGCGCAUUCAACCUGGUCUACUGGAUCGUCUAUCUCACCAAGGACACUAUGGAGAUGUCCAGAGACACCGUCUAAGAGCUUGUCUUCCUGGAAAACGUAGACACGUGCACGCACAGUAUUCACAAAUUAAAAUAGAUGAGAGACGCUUGCCAAGCACUCUUUUAUGCCACCUCAGUGCAUUGUAUUUCUUUUUUAAGUAGUCCCAUGGAAAGUGAGUGUUUUGACAGCAGAUGCACCACUUCCUGUUGCCAACCUCACCAAGGAGCUCAAAGCCACGUGUUCUCGGAACAAUUUCAAACAACUACCACUCUCAUUUUAUUUUAUUUUAGUUUUUUCUUACUCUUCCCCCGAUAUAAUAGAAAAAUAACACUUGUAAGUUAGAGCUUUUUGUUAUUUAUUUAUUUAUUCUAUUUUAUGUGUCUAGCUCGUGUCCCUUGCCUGAAUUGAUUGGACAAGAUCUAAUGCUAGUUUAACUGCAGAGGCAGAAAUAGAACAACUGCACAAAGUUGCAUUGUUGUAUGUAUUGUUUUUCUUUAUCUGUGCAUGCAUUUCCAGAGAUUUUGCAUGGAAUGAACUUUCCCCCCUGCUUGAAAAUUAGAACACUAUUAAGGUAAAUGAGCUGCAGCAACUGCCAAUUCUCUUUUUUUUUUAUUCCUGAUUUUUCCUGUUGUUUUUAGUUCUUUAAAUUUUUUUCUUUUUUAAUCUACUCAAGAGUAGUAUUUUUUGGGGGAUCAUUGGCUUAAAUUCCCCCGGCUGAUGGAAUACAGAAGAUGUGAAGCAAAAUCUUCAAACAGGUUUAUAUUCUUCAUUCCACGGAUACUCUUGAUAGUCUGGUAGAAUAUUCCCUCUCACGUGCAGAUGAAUUGUAGAAGGGUGCAUAUGCAAACAUAAGAUAUAAAAAACACAGACACUUCAACAUGCUCAUGUGCAAAACAUUUACACUUAAUGUUUUGGAGAUUUUCACUUUGCCUGGAUUAUAUGUCCUGGAUUUCCUAUAGACAGAAAUAAACUUAAGCCUCUUUCACAUACAGUCCUCUCUGUUAAUCUGACAGUAACUGAACAUGUUAGCUUCAUGUCUGAAUGAAUACCCUGGCCAUUUUGUGUAAUAAUUGAUUUGGCAUCCAUUUUUCAUGAUGUUUGCAGAUCAAACAAAUAAAUAAGCCUAAAGUGCAACACAAUUUCACAAUGGAUAUUAAGCAAAACCAAUCGUUUCAUGAUUUUCUGUCUGUCCUUUCUUGUAAGCAAAUCAUCAUUUAAAUGAUUGGGUACAAAUUUAUAGAUCAGUUGGUAGUCUAUGCAGUUUCUGGCCCACAUUCAGUGUGUAUCUUCUCACCAUCUGCUGGCUGCCCAUUUUUUGAGUACAAUGUGUAAAAAAAAAACUAAAAAAAAACCCAGCCCUCCUACACAACCCUGGCACCAUAAACUGGUAAUAAACAGAGUGGGGGCAGAACUGCCUCCCAAACCAUAACAAACAUCAUCCCGGCCAAUCACCGCCAGGGAGAGGGUUUGCGGACGUCCACACGAAGUGGAAAUGCACAUUCAGCAGAGAGCGUGUUUUUUCAGGGAGGAUUCAGGAGAAGAUGAAGGAUGGCACAGAUCUCCCCCUCCCCCAUCCAUGUAAAGUACCAGUGCACUGCAAAAACUCAAAAUCUUAACAAGAAUAUUUGUCUUAUUUCUAGUUAAAAUGUCUAAUUUUUAUCAAAUCAAAUCAAAUCAAACUUUAUUUAUAUAGCACUUUUCAUACAAAUAAUGAAACACAAAGUGCUUAACAAAAAAAUAAAUAAAAAAAAAUAAAAUAAAAAAUAAACAUAAAACUUAUUAAUGCGCGCUGUGAGUUUUUGGUUAUCUAAAUUGCACCUGA